UGAGCCGAGCCGUGCCUGGGGGGGCCUUUGCGACCAAGAACCUUCUCCAGCGCUCGGCCCACCAGCCGUCCAGCACAGGCGCCCAGCAGCCAGGGAGGUGUGGCGUGGCUGGGGGACACAUGGCUGAGGCAGGGGACGGCCAGCACUUCCUUGGCUCCGGGGGCGACGCUCUGCCUCCCGACCCCGUCUGCCUCAGCGACUCCGACUCCGACCUCAGCCUACCCGGUGAUGCUGAGGUGGAAGCUCUGUCUCCAGGGGCGCUGCCCGGGGAGGCCCUGGGGGAUUCGGGCCCCGAUGAGCCCCCCUCGCCCCCCUUGCCCCCCAGGCGCUUCCCCACAGCGGCGGUGCAGCCCUUCCACCUGAGAGGCACGAGCCCCACCUUCUCCCAGCGCAGCCACGACAUCUUCGAUGGCCUGGAGCGGGCAGCCAGGCGGGCUCCGCCCUCUGCGGCCCCAGCCGGCCCUGGCGACAGUGGGGGCUUCCGGCAGCCGCCGACACUCUCCAGCCAGCCUCCAGCGGGGGGCCUGAGCAGGGCCACUCGGAAUCCCACUCCCCUGAGGGUGCCCCCCGUCCCUGACUACGUGGCCCACCCCGAGCGCUGGACCAAGUACAGCCUGGAGGACGUGGCUGAGGUCAGCAACCAGAGCAACCGGGCCGCCGCCCUGGCCUUCCUGGGCCCCCAGAGCCUGGCCGCCCCCAGCGACUACGUGCCCUCCUUCAACCAGGACCCCUCCAGCUGUGGGGAGGGCCGGCUCAUCUUCACCAAACCGGUCCGAACCGGCGAGGCCCGGCUUGAGAAGAGGAGGGUCCCGAGGAAGGCAGGGGAGCCGGGUGGGGGCACCCGUGGGAUCCCGGGAGCGGCGGGGGGCGAGGGCCCCGUGGAGCUGGCCCACCUGGCCAGGCCUGGGAGCCCGGAGGCCGAGGAGUGGAGCAGACCCCGGGGGGGCCUGCAGGAGGUGGGUGCACCCGAGGGGGAGGCCCACGCGGGGUCUGGGGCCAGCGCCCUGCCGGUGGAGACGGUGGGCUUCCACAGCAGCAAGAAGCGGAGCAGGGGCCAAUUCCGGAGCAAGGGCAGCAGCCCCGAGGCCCCAGGCGCGGAGGUCUGAGUGGGGAGACCGCCUGGCCGCCUGCCUGCCCUGGCUGAGCUGGAGGGACGGCCGCCACUGUCCCCCCGGGGUGGCUUCAGGGGUGGCGCAGGCUCGGGGCCCCACCCCCAGGGAAGGGAGCCAGCGGGCUGCCUGUCGGUGGCACCAGCGGCCAGGGCAGAGACCUUGCUGAGGGCGUGGGCCAGGGGAUGGCGGAAGCCCUGACCCACCUCGUGCCCAGGGGGACAGUAAAAGCUCUGGGUGUUC